AUGAUCAUCGACGAACAUCCAAUCCCGAAGGCCGAACAUAUUUUUCACCGCAUGAAGGGGUCUACAUUAUUCUGUCACUUAGACAUAACAGACGCAUAUACACAUCUAGUAGUGGAUAAAGAAUUUAGUCACGCGCUAACGUUGAACACACCUACGCACGGAUUAAUCAGACCAACGCGUGAGGUGUAUGGCGCAGCAAAUAUCCCAGCAAUUUGGCAACGGCGUAUGGAAACAGUAUUACAAGAUAUUCCUAAUACCCUCAAUUUUUUCGAUGAUAUCUUGGUAUUCGCAGAUAAUUUCACGGAUCUCCUAUCAACGCUAAACACCCUCCUGGAACGGCUCCGGACACAAGGACUUCGACUCAACAGAAAUAAAUGCAAGUUCGCAGUAGCAACCGUAGAAUUUUUGGGACAUAGAAUAGAUGCUCAGGGACUUCAUAAAUCGAAUCAACAUAUAGAAGCAAUACGCGACGUACCCAAACCAUCGACACGAGAUCAACUACAAUUAUUAUUAGGAAAGGCUACAUAUUAUAGUUCAUUUAUCCCUGACUUAGCAACCAGAGCAAAACCGUUAAAAGAGAUGCUGCACAACGACCCAUUCACAUGGACAUCAACUGCGGAAACAGCUUAUAAGGAAAUAAAAGAUUUCUUGAUUUCACCGCAGGUUUUGAUAGCGUAUGAUCCAAAACUUCCGUUAUUACUAGCGACAGACGCCAGUAAAGUAGGAUUGGGCGCAGUCUUAUCACAUCGCCUCAACAAUGGAGAGGACCGACCAAUUGCCUACGCAAGUCGCACGCUCAGCAGCACAGAACAAAAAUAUCCGCAGAUUGACAAAGAAGCAUUAGCCAUAGUCUGGACUAUACGCAAAUUUUUCCACUAUCUUUAUGCACGACAUUUUAUAUUAAUCACGGACCAUAAACCACUGACACAAAUCCUGCACCCGGAAAAAUCGCUUCCAGUAUUGUGUAUCAGUCGCAUGGCAAACUACGCAGACUAUUUAUCACAUUUCAAUUACAAUAUUGAAUUCAGAACAACGAAGGAGAAUGUAAACGCUGACUACUGCUCCAGAGCACCAGUUUCUAUACAGAGGAAAUUAACGAACAAAGAAGAAGGAGAAGAAGCAGAGCAAUUCGAUGACUUUGAUUAUUUCAUUUUGAACCAAGUAAGACAACUUCCAAUCCGAGCAGAGCAGAUAUCACGCGAAACACGGAAGGACCCGCAUCUUGGGAAAAUUGUGCAAGCUCUACAAUCAGGCCAUAACCUCACAAGCGCAGGAUACAAAGCCCCAGAGGCAAAUUAUACACUGGCCGCCAAUUGCCUAUUGUUCGAACAUAGAGUAGUGGUGCCAUCCUCACUUCGUCAACCGAUCCUAGAGGACCUACACGCAGCCCACCUGGGCAUUGUAAAAAUGAAGGGAAUGGCACGUUCAUUCGUUUACUGGCCCGGUAUCGAUGCAGAUAUCGAGCGAGUGGCAAAAGCAUGUACUCAGUGCGCCGAACAUGCACGGGCUCCUCCUCAGAUGCGAAACCACCAUUGGGAAUAUCCAAGAGGACCCUGGGAGCGUAUUCACGUCGAUUACGCAGGACCGGUAGCAGGAGUCAUGUUACUCAUAAUCGUUGAUGCGUACAGUAAAUGGAUGGAAGUUAAACCGACGAAUUCCACCACGAGCACAGCAACAAUAGCGAUCCUUGAUGAGCUGUUCACAGCAUAUGGGGCCCCCAUCACAAUAGUGUCGGAUAACGGUACCCCAUUUACAUCAGCCGAGUUCCAGAAGAUUCUCUAA